AUGACUUCAAACAACGAUGCAAACGGGAUCAAUGCAAGUGGCCAGAUUAACGAAGCCCUUGCCAAUAAAAUGAACCCCGUACUCAUCAGGAUACAACAAAACCUCGACAACAUCGGGUCUAUGUUGCAUCACAUGACUUCAUCAAUGUCUAUAUUAGAUGACAUGUCUUCUAUGUUGCGUGACAUUACUUCAUCAAUCCAAAUUGCCAAAAUUACCGCCGAUACAGAAAACUUGUCCCUUGACUCCUCGCAUGAACGCUGUCCUCCUACGCCAACGAGUCGGAGUGAAUCUACAUGA